AUUUCGCCUUUCAGGUGAGCUUUGAUGGAUGCCGGUGAUUCAAGAUAUAUAUUAUAUAGUCUAUACUUUUAGGAAUUAUAGAUCAAUCAAUUGAUGGGAACAGCUGACAUCAAAGCACACACCGAUUGCUGUUGAAUUAGAGUGGUGUAUCUGUUCUAUAGCAAUGUUUACUUAUUGUCGGUUCUUCUUUGUUUAUUUACAUGUUUUCCUUGUUACAAAUGUAUACAAACAAUAAUCUAUUAUGAUAAAAGAUUUCGUCAUUGCAGCACCGACCCAGGGAGACAUAUGAAGUUAGGAUUUUAACUGUGAUUUCAUUUUUUCAUAUUUUCGUUAUAAAAAUGAGUUAGAAAAUGCCAGGAAAUGAUGUUCGAUUUAUAACUGCAGCAAACAUCCACCAUCCUGUGCGAACAUCAAGAGGUACCAUAGCAUGGUGGAUUUUAUUAGGACUUUUCGUUGGACUAUUUGGUGUCGUGUAUGUCCAUACAGUAGGUGUUGGAUAUGCAAUAGUAGAACACAUCAAUGGUACAUAUGACUUCGUGAUAAUUGGUGGCGGAACAGCAGGGUCGGUGCUCGCUAAUCGUCUUUCAGAGGAUCCUGGCAUUAAAGUCCUUGUUUUAGAGGCCGGAGGGGAGGAGGAUAGAAUUCCAAAUGUAGACAUCCCUCUUCUUUCUUCUUUCCUGCGUUAUAAAGAGUUUGAUUGGAAUUACUUUACGGAACCACAGUCAAAAGCAUUCCUAGGAUUCAA